GCAGAUGUCAGUCUUCUGUGAGCUGGCGAACAGCUUGUUGGAUUUAAGUUGCAUCUUCGGGGGUCAGUUACACGCUUUUCGCAAAGCGCACGUCAACGUGCGUGUCACACUUCAGCUUUUCCACUCCACAUCACAUCGGGGGUCGUCGACUUGGUUCUUUCCUUUUUCCAUUUACUGUAUAUACCGCACAUCGCUUCUACAGUGUCAAGUCAUGUCCGAUUUUGGAAAUAAAACCUAAAAUUCAAAUCUCAUUGAAAUCGCAAAGCGAUAUAUACCUUAUAUCAAGAUCAAGUGAGUGCGUGACGUCCGCUUAAUGUAACAGUGGAGCUUGGGAGUUUUCAAGGUACACAGGUAUAGAGGUAUUGACGUGUUAUGUGCUGCCAGCCGCUUCCUGGGUAGGGGUCAUCUAGUCGUUGCAGGUGCCCUGAGAGAACAGAAAGGCUGGCCGACGAUCGCAAAAUUGAAGUAACGGGAAAAGACGGAAAACGGAGACGUGUAGCAACCAAGAACGUGGAAAUUCAGAGCGCCGUUCAACGGCGUUGUCAAAAUGACUGAUGCCUUGAGAGAUCCAGAGUUGGUUGCAGACUCGGUGAACACCGAGGAUGGUAGAGCAUCGCUAAACGUGGUUUGUCAAUCAAAGUCGAAAGACAAAGCACUACCCGAGAGAGGUACCUGGAGUACGAAACUGGACUUCAUCCUGAGCGUGGUCGGACUUGCAAUUGGACUCGGUAAUGUGUGGAGAUUUCCAUAUUUGUGUUACAAAAAUGGGGGUGGUGCCUUCCUCAUACCAUAUUUUUUGACGCUGAUUCUCGCUGGUAUCCCGAUGUUCUUUAUGGAGCUGGCUCUUGGGCAGAUGUUGACCAUAGGUGGUCUUGGGGUCUUCAAAAUUGCUCCUCUCUUCAAAGGAAUCGGUUACGCCGCGGCGGUAAUGUCCUGCUGGAUGAACGUCUACUACAUUGUCAUUCUGGCGUGGGCCAUCUUCUACUUCUUCAUGUCAAUGAGGAGCGAUGUUCCAUGGCGAACCUGCAACAAUUACUGGAACACGAAGAAUUGUGUCAACCCUUACGAUAGAAGUGGAAUGCUUUGCUGGAAUCAACUAACCAGCAAAGGUGUAAUCAAGGUCUGCUCCCUGAACCAGUUUAACGUCAGCGCGACAGAUCUCACUGACCCCGUGAAAGAAUUUUGGGAACGACGAGCACUUCAGAUCAGCGACGGAGUAGAACACAUGGGAAGCAUACGCUGGGAGUUGGCGGGAACUCUUCUAUUGGUUUGGAUUCUCUGUUACUUUUGCAUUUGGAAGGGUGUAAAAUGGACUGGAAAAGUUGUAUACUUCACCUCCUUGUUUCCUUAUGUUCUGUUAACUAUUCUACUAAUUCGUGGGAUCACUCUGCCCGGUGCCAUGGAAGGAAUCCGAUUCUACAUCAGCCCAAAUCUUUCCAAGCUCCGGGAAUCCGAAGUAUGGAUCGACGCUGUGACACAGAUAUUCUUCUCUUAUGGUCUCGGCCUGGGUACCCUGGUUGCCUUGGGAAGCUACAAUAAGUUUACGAACGAUGUGUAUAAGGAUGCUUUGAUAGUCUGCUCGGUGAAUUCUUCAACGAGCAUGUUUGCCGGGUUCGUCAUCUUCUCUGUAGUCGGAUUCAUGGCGCACGAACAGCAGAAACCAGUUGCCGAAGUUGCAGCCUCCGGACCCGGACUCGCCUUUUUGGCAUAUCCCUCGGCAGUUCUUCAACUACCAGGAGCUCCACUCUGGUCUUGCCUCUUCUUCUUCAUGCUUCUUCUCAUUGGCCUCGACUCGCAGUUUUGUACGAUGGAAGGUUUCAUAACGGCGAUGGUUGACGAGUGGCCGCAGCUGUUGAGGAGACGCAAGGAAAUCUUUAUCGCUAUUGUAUGCGGGUUGUCAUAUUUGGUUGGUUUGUCAUGCAUCUCGGAAGGUGGCAUGUACGUCUUCCAAAUCCUCGACUCUUACGCCGUAUCCGGUUUCUGUCUGCUUUUCCUGAUAUUCUUCGAAUGCGUCUCAAUCAGCUGGGCAUUUGGUGUAAACCGCUUUUACGAUGGAUUGCGUGACAUGAUCGGCUACUACCCACUUGCCUGGUGGAAACUAUGCUGGACUGUCACAACGCCAAUGAUCUGCAUCGGUGUAUUCAUCUUCAAUCUUGUGCAAUGGACACCGGUUAAGUAUCUAGAAUAUGAAUAUCCGUGGUGGUCCCACGUCCUCGGAUGGAUGACGGCUUUGUCAUCAAUGCUGUGUAUACCCGGGUACAUGAUUUACGCGUGGGUCACGACACCUGGAGAUUACAACACGAAAUUCAAGCUUCUCGUUCGAAUAGAGGACGACGUCGGGAGCUUGCGCGUCAAAAUGGGGCAGCCAGAGGUGGAGCUGAGCACUUUGUAAGGAUGUUACAAUUUACAUAUCCUUCGUGAAAAAAAUGAUGGAGGUAAUUCGCACGCCUUACCUCGUUUGCCGCACGCAUCGAAUCUAGACGCAGGAUACUGUUGACGGAACAAAUCGUUGACGGUACACAGAUUUUCGUUUGGAUUCAGCUACGCACUCAAAUAUUCACCCACAUCUAAUAACUUCAAAUCAACAUUCGUUCAGCUUCUUGCCAAUUUCGAGGCCGUGAAUACGUGCCACUUAGCGAAGCUGUCUGUGAGUACGCUGAAGGUUUUCAAUCCGUAAAAAUGUAUCAUCCCUCGUCUAUGACUUGGUAACAGCUCGCUUGCAAAUACUUACUAUAGCCAUCAGUAGACUAGUAUACUGUAUCUUAGAUGUGAAAGUGUUCGGUAAUUACCUGUUCACGUAUAUUAAUAUG